CAUCAAAUAAAAACAAAUGUCAAAAUUAACAAGUGAGUUUGAAACUGAGUUUUGUGUUGUAUUACCUGAUUGUAUGCAGUGGAAUUUUUAAUGUGUGUGUUUAUCGCUUAUAAUCACCAAAUCAAUUUAAUACGAAUAUGUCUAUUAUUUUCUUAUUUGACUGUUACUUGAUAUUGUAAGUAAUAUUUUGUAUCCUUCUAAUAACUAAUAUUAGUUGUAACCGAAGAAAUUAGGUACAGACGACCUAUGUGUUAUCUUAUAGGCAUAAAUUAAUAAGUAUUAAUCCACCAUAUUUAAUAGUCUACCUUAAUAUUAACAAAAAUGGCAAGAAGUGGUAGACCUGAAUGGAUGAUUGUUGAGGAUUUAAAACAAUUAAAACUAAAAAAUAAGCUGGACAGUCUGGAAGCUGAGAGAAUGAAAAUGGACAAAAAGGCUGAUUAUCGCAAUAUGGAGAGAAGAAUACAAUUGGAAAGAGUGGAGGCUGAAAUGGAAGAGAGAAUAGCUAGAGAAAAAGCAGAUGCAGAAAUUGCAGCUACAAAGAGAGAACAAGAAGAAAAACUAGCUGCUGAAAUGGCAAGGCUUAGUCAAGAAGAGCUAAGAGAGUUAAAACUUAGGCAACAAUUGAGAGAAUCCAGUGAUGAACUCAAGUCAUUAGAGGCAAAAUUACGUGCUGCUUACGUGAGUAAAGAAUUAGCUGCUCAAAUUGCUGAAAAGAGAGCUGCUGCUAUACAACAGAAAUUAGAAGAGCAGAAGUAUAAGGAAGCUAUGGAAGAAGAAAGGAAAAAUUUAGAGCAAGAGGCACAUAAACAAUACCAAGAAUCACUCUCUUCCCAAAAUUCAAUACAGAAUAGAUUUACAAGAUCAAAUAAUUCAAGCAUACAAAAACAACAGGACGCUUUUCAAGAAUUUCUUAAAGAGAAAGCUCUGUUGGAUCAAAUAGUUAAAGCUAUACAUGAAGAAGAUCAACGAGAAGAAGAAAUUCGGAUGGAGCGAAUGCAGCGAACUAAACAAGAAAUUGAAACUUUCCGACAACAGCAGGAAAUAUGGAAACAGAGACAAAAAGAAGUUCUUGAAGAGGAAGAUAGAAGAAUUAAAGCAUUCCUAGAACAGAGAGAUAGAGAAGAGAAAAAGAAGCUGGAAGAACGUAAAGAAAAGGAAGAAAUAAAAAGAAAACUUCAAGAAAAACUGCAAGCCUCACUUAAGUCUAAAUAUACCGAAGAUGAGGAAAGGGAGCAAAUCCUGCAUGAGUUAGCAGCAGAAGAGUUAAGAGAAAAAGAUAUGGCAAGACUCAGAAAUGAAAUAGCAAAAGCAGUUAGACAUAGGGAAAUGCUACAGCAAUCAUAUAAAGUUCAGUUAGCAGAGAGAAGAAAAAAAUUAGAAGAGGAAGAGGCAGAACAAAAUAUGUAUAGACAACAACUUCUGGCUCAGUUUGCAGAAGAUGAGAGACUGGAACAGUUAACAGCUGAGAAGAGGCGAUUGAAGAUUUUAGAGCAUAGACGACAAGUACAGCGUUUAAUGGAGGAAAGACAGCGACAUCGAAUGGAACAGUGGGCAGCAAUUGGCAGCUCUGAGCGUUUGCAGGAAGCCGAGGAGAGACAGAGACGACAACUUGUGGAAGAGGAGCGAUUACGAAUGUUGAAGAAACAUCUACGAAGUUUAAUUGGUUUCUUGCCAAAAGGAGUACUACGUGAAGAUGAUCUUACUCAUUUGGGUUCAGACUUCCUUGAAGAAUUUAACAAAUACAAGUCUUUGAACAGUGUGAACAAUGAUAAUGUGUUGUAACAAAUUGAUUUGAAAGGAUCUGGAUGAUAAAUCAUUUUAGCAAACUAUAUAACUUGAUGUCCUUAACCAAUGACUAGUUGUU